AUGACGCGUCCAUUUCGGAAUGGUAAGGUGAAUGGAUGGGGCGGUGCACUUCAUACAUGGGUGUGGGAUGGUGGGUACACUGAGUGGUCACAGCUGCCAGGAAGUCCGAUCCGAGAACGGUUCCAAGAAAUUGGGACAGGUGCUCAUCAAAACUCGGCCCGCAGAGUUCAGCUCAUUAUUGGGAUAAGUAUUGAUCUAACAAACUUUUAG